AACAAAUACAUAGCCUAUAUAGUAGGACUAACCAAUACAAUGUGUUUGAAAUAAAUACAAGAGCAUACAGGCCCUCUACGUACCCUGAGCAUCAUGAACCCUGUGUUCAGCCCUGCCCCCACAGGAGUUCCCUACAACACCAAGGGAAUAGCAUAUCCAGCGGGAUUCCCUGUUGGCUACACCCCAGGCCCGGCCUACACGCCCAGCAUGUACUCACACCCCAAUCCCCCUCUGCCCCCAGGCUACUCUCCAGGAACCCCGUUUAAGAUCUCCUGUUCCCCAACCACAGGCCCGCACUACGCUUCCUCCCUCAGCCCCUACCCCGCUAUCUACCCUGCCUGUGUUUUUUUCAGGUCAGAAGAUGGUAAAAUGCAGUCAUCAAAAAGAAAAAUCCAAAGGAAUUCACAAAGAAGAAUAAGAAUCGAACAGCAUUGAGCCACCCUGACUUAAAGCCCAGGAGAACCUUGUUGCCUGUUCUGAACGUGAUGCUAAGUCUUGUUCUAGAGGAUAGGGCUGUCUACAUUUGUCAUUUUGUAUUUUUAGGACUUGGAACCCUUUAAAACACUUAUUUUAGUUUCUCCUCGUGUAAGCCUCAUUAUUGAUGUUUGUCAAAGUUAACAUCUCAAAUCACUGUUGACAUUUUUAACAGAAUGUUGUAUGUUGUUUUUUACAACCAAUAAUUCAAAUAAUUUAAGAUCUACAUGAAGUAACCUUAUUUCCAAACUCUUCUUUUGUCUGGUCCUCCUCAGUCCCUGAAUGGCUACCCUGUCAUCAUCGCCUCAGUUAAAGAAUGUCUUUAUAUUUUGUGUUUUGUUAUUGUAUUUUCAAGAAAGACCCAAAAUAAAUGCAAU